AUGAAGUGGAAGCUGGUCCAGUUUGUGAACCCAGUCAUCACAAGGAUCCAUGGCAACAUCCCAACUUGGAUUAAACGCAGCUUCCUCUGGAAUGGGCCGGACAAAUUUGACUUUGGAAAUCAAAACUUUUUCCAGCAUUUCCUGUCACACUUUGAUAUGUCAGAGUUCACAGAUAAGGCCAGUGUAACUUUAGUGAAAUACAAGGGAGAUUAUGUGAGCACAGAGACUAACUUCAUGCAUAAGGUUGACCCUGAGAGCCUUGAGAUCAAAGAGAAGGGAUCCAUCAUUAUGGAGAUGACUUUAGGUGCCUUCUGCAUCAUUUGUGUACUACCAAAUGAGCAGAUGGCAGAAGGGACCCUGGAGGGAACAACUGUGGUCUGUUCUAUGCCUGCAUUAGAGACCAAGCCCUUCUAUUACCAUAGCUUUGCAAUGAUGCAGAAUUUUGUGGUGUUCUUUAAGCAGCCCAUUAGAAUGCUCCUGUUUAAAAUGGUGACUGGAAAAAUCUGAGGGAAGGGGAUAAGUGAUGGAAUCUACCACAAUCCCACACAGGAAACAAUAUUCCAUGUAAGCAACAACAACGCAGGCAAGAUAAACUCAGUGAAGUUCUACAGCAAGCCACUGUCCACCAUCCACCAGACAAAUGCCUUCAAGGAGGAUGAUUUCAUAGUAACGAGCUUGCGCUAUUCUGACAAUGAAACCACCAUCAGUAAUUACAUGACCCAGAAUAUGCACAAGUCAGGGGAGGCUCUGGAUGAGAUUUACAACACACUGUGCAGGAAGUUCCCUCAGUAAUAUAUUCUGCCUCUCAAAGUGAAUGAAAGCACACCCAGGCACAAAACCUCAUCUCCUAUAGGUCAAUCCACAAGCACUACCAUUAAGAUUUCUACCAAUAAGGCAUUUUGUGGCCAUGAGGAUCUGCAUGGUGAUGACCUUCUUGAGUAUGGAGGCCUUGAGUUUCCAUAGAUCAGCUAUGCAAGGUAUAAAACUAGGCUCUAUCACUACUUCUAUAGCUGUGGUUUUAGACACCUGGAGGGUGACUUCCUUAUUAAAGAUGGACAUCAAGACAAAAAUUGUCUGUUCACAUGUACAGAGAAAAGCACCUUUAAUCUAGUGCUGGAUGCCAAAACUUCUGAGGAAACUGGUAGAGCAGAGGUGCCAGUGAACAUUCCUGAUGGCUUCCACAAAGCCUUCAAAGCCACCACUUUAGCAUUCAUUACAGAACAGCAAGGAAGUGAACAGUACAAGACCAUCUGA